AUGCCUGCGCAAUGUGCUGGUAGUCCCAAGAAACACAAGACAAAGCAUAAAGCUGCGGAUUCUGAUCUCGGGAAGACACUCGUAGAAGCGAUGGCAAAGCGAUGGCAAUCGCAGGCUGAUGCGUCACCACCAGUACAGCCCCCACGGUCAAUCCCUGACUUGGAUGUGGCAGACAACUCGAACCUUCGACGUACUAAUCGUGCAGGUGCUGGGAAGGGGGGUAGGAAUAGUCAGCUUGAGAGAAUUAGUGCCUUGUUGGAUGCGCCUGGGUGGGCAACCAAACCCAAAGGCUCAACCACCCUUGAUUCAAAUGCUCCUGUGAACCCUCUCGCUCCAGUACCACCUAGCAAGGGUUGCGGGAGUCGCUCAAAGGCUCCUCCACCAUAUAGUGCCUCACAGCCAGCAGUAGAUUCCAGCGCUCCGCCUUCAAGAAAACAAGGCAAAAAAGCCAAGAACAUUGCUGCCUUUGCCUCCAGCAUCAAGGUGCCCAAUCAACCAAAUUUUGUACAGUGCGAAGAUGGUGAACAUUUUGGGUUCCAUCCACCAAUCGUCCCUUCUCGCAUGGAGCAAGUUCUCAAUACCUCCUCAAUAACUGCCAAGAGCGCCAGUCAGAAGCCUGCCACUAGCACGAGCAUUGACACUUUAUCACAAUCAGAUUUUUCAAAGACGACCUCGGUUAACACGAUGCCACAUUCACAAGCUGACUUCUACUCAACUCUAGAUCCUUCUCUCCAGCCAAUCUGUCAGGAAGCACAAGGUGAAACUAAUUAUCGUGGCGCCCCCCUCCUGUCAUUUUCCCAGGAAGCUCAAGCUGAAGUCUCAACAUCUGGGGAUGACAAAUCCUCUACAGAUGAUGCUGACAAAAGCGACACUGAUGAAGAAAGUGAUAAUGAUGACGGCGAAAUUGGUUGGGGAGGAGAUCAUGGGUGUCAUAGUGUGCAUCCCAGCUUUUUGAAGGAAGGGAUAUCGGUGUCCCAACCUCAGGCUAUCACUCUACCAUCUGAUUUUGAAUUCCAGCAUUCACGAGAUGAAGACGAGAAUGUUGCACUUGGAUUGUUAGCAGUCGAUAAGACCUCCAAUAGCAAUGAUGUUAUGGAUGGGCCUACCAAGCCGGAGGAUGUCUUACAGGGUCACCACAAGAAAAAUGGAUGUCCAUGCCUCCCUGACCCCACAAUGCUCGAUCUCAUCUGGCACCAAGAAACUCAAGCCACAAAUGCAAAGUCACAUGACUCGGGCGUUAAGGCUAAGAAGGUCAAAUCAUCCAAGUCUAAGGAACCUACUGAAGGCCCUAAGCCGACCCAACUCAGCUGGUAUCCUUCACAGUGGAAGACCUUUCUUGAGGAGGCAAAAUCAGAGUGUCAUGCCCAGUAUGCAAUUGAGAAUGCAUUCCCAGAUGCCAUCAAGGAUUUGCCUCUUUCAGUCACUGAAGCACUCUCAAUGUCACUCGUCAAAUGGCUUGAAGCAGGUAAUGAGGUAGAAGCGGGUAUAUGGCCCGACCACAAGGCUGAUAUGGCCAAGCUGCUAUAUGAAGACUUAUCAACCUGGUGCUCCGACCUCAAGAAGAUAGCUAUCAGCACCAGUGCCCUCCAUAACUGUUGGAUGACUGUGUUUCUUCGCAACAGUGUGGAUGAACUUGGGAAAACCAACAAUGCUGCUCACCCUGCACUCAAGGCAGCUGCCAUCGCCUUCUUCUACACUGGUUCCUAUUGUAUUGCUCACAGGAGACCCAAUAUCUUCAAAGAGGAGUUACCUUUGGAGUCUUUGGCUUUUUACAACUGUGUCUUUGAUGGGUUAGUCAAGAAUGGCAGUGGCAAGUAUUUUCCAAAGUUUACUACCAAAGACUACUCCUCUGUCUAUCUCUCGAUGGUUGCUGAACUCAAGAAGAUCAUGAAGCACGUGUAUCACGGCCCUAAGUUGACACAACAGCUUUGCGAGUGGGCUGCAGAAGGAUGGGCGCAGUCCUGCAAACUUGACUGGCAAGGACGCAUCAAAGCAUCGUCAUUUGCGGGUCAUGCUUGA